UUUGAAAUUCCCGCAAACAUUAACUCAUGAAUUUAAAUUACUCUGAACACAGAAUAGACAUCAACCAGUUUACCGCAAGAACGUGUCACAAUAGCAAAAACAUUGUUGAUGGGAAUAUUUUAACACUGUAUUUUUGCAUGACAACGAGGUGUGUGGUGCAUUUUUAAAAUUACAUUUGUAUUUUCAUUGCUAUCGUAUUAAGUGAAGGAAAAAACUUAACCUCUUCGUGGGACAAUGGCAGGUGUAACUUUGGAGGAUAAAUCCAUCUGGGAAGAUGCCGAGGAAUCCCUUGGUGAAGAAGUUCUUCGAAUGUCAACUGAUGAAAUUGUCAGUAGAACUAGAUUACUUGAUAAUGAAAUUAAGAUAAUGAAAAGUGAAGUGAUGAGGAUAUCUCAUGAACUACAAGCUCAGAAUGAGAAAAUUAAGGAAAAUACUGAGAAAAUAAAAGUAAACAAAACUCUGCCAUAUUUGGUGUCAAAUGUCAUUGAACUGCUUGAUGUAGAUCCUCAAGAUCAAGGAGAAGAAGAUGGUGCAGUUGUUGACCUUGAUUCGCAACGAAAAGGAAAAUGUGCUGUCAUAAAAACAUCUACACGACAGACUUACUUCUUGCCAGUGAUUGGUUUGGUGGAUGCAGAGAAGUUAAAACCCGGGGACCUCGUUGGUGUAAAUAAAGAUUCGUACUUAAUUUUGGAAACACUUCCUGCUGAAUACGAUGCUCGAGUGAAGGCUAUGGAAGUAGAUGAACGACCCACAGAACAAUACUCAGAUAUAGGAGGGUUGGAUAAACAAAUUCAGGAGUUAAUAGAAGCUGUUGUUCUUCCCAUGACACACAAAGAUAAAUUUGAAAAUCUUGGGAUUCAACCUCCAAAAGGCGUUCUUUUGUAUGGUCCUCCAGGAACAGGAAAAACACUCCUUGCCAGAGCAUGUGCAGCUCAAACAAAAUCUACAUUUUUGAAACUUGCUGGACCACAGCUCGUACAAAUGUUCAUUGGUGAUGGAGCUAAGCUUGUUCGUGAUGCAUUUGCCCUUGCAAAAGAGAAAGCACCAGCAAUAAUUUUCAUUGAUGAAUUGGAUGCCAUUGGUACAAAACGUUUUGAUUCUGAAAAGGCUGGUGAUCGUGAAGUGCAGCGAACCAUGUUGGAAUUGCUUAAUCAGUUGGACGGUUUCAGUUCUACUGCAGAUAUAAAGGUUAUAGCAGCUACUAACAGAGUGGAUAUUUUGGAUCCUGCUUUGCUGCGUUCUGGCAGAUUAGAUCGAAAAAUAGAAUUUCCACAUCCCAAUGAAGAAGCACGAGCUCGCAUAAUGCAGAUUCAUUCACGAAAGAUGAAUGUCAGUCCAGAUGUUAAUUUUGAAGAAUUAUCUCGUUCAACAGAUGAUUUUAAUGGGGCCCAAUGCAAAGCUGUUUGUGUAGAAGCUGGAAUGAUUGCUUUACGGCGUAAUGCAACCACUGUAACUCAUGAAGAUUUUAUGGAUGCUAUCUUGGAAGUACAAGCAAAGAAGAAAGCUAACUUAAAUUAUUAUGCUUAAAUAUUUUUUCUCUAAUAAAUGGCAAAAAAUAUGUUGUAAGUUUUGUCUUGAUGUACCAUUGUAUAAAAGCUGUGUUGCAAAGGUGGUUUACUAAAAAUAAUUUUCUUAAGUAGCAAUAGUGAUUAAUAACUUUUAUAAAAUGUCCAUCAACAGUACAUACUUCAUUGUAUCAAACAUUUUUUUUUUUUUAAAUUGGAUCACAAUCUCGAGUGUUAAAAAUAAAGAUUGCUAGUAAAUACUGAAUAUAAAUGAAUUUCAUUUGUUGGCUUUAUGUUCGCAUAUACACUGUACUUCAUAUUAGUUUGUGCUAUGUGGGGCAACAUUGCAAAUAGUUUUAAGUAUAUCAACGCCAAACAAUGAUAAUUAGAAUUUAGAAACAACCAAAAUUUUUGUUUGAAAUUCUUUAUGAUCCAUCUAUUAUUUCUGCUUGAAAUUCUGUACAAACAGAAAUGGUGCAAAUGUAUGCUGUAUUUUAUGGAAAGAGCUACAACAAUGACUGCUCUUUAUGAUUGUCACCAAACUAGCAUGGAAGAAAUAUUGGUAGCUACUUGGCAGUCCAGGAGAUGCCACAUCCCAGGCACAGGUGCCAACAUUUCGAUCGCCAUGCAUUGUGACCUUCCCCAAGGCAAAAUGUCCUGAGUAACACAGAAGAUAGAAAUAGGAGAAAUAUUGCUUAUCGGAUGUGAUGCAUCUGUUAUUGUAUUAUAAAGUGACAAAGCAGUGCAGGCAGCAAACACACAUUCCCGAAUCACCAAAUGUGAACCUAACUCUCCCAAUUGUUCAAGCUCUCGGAUGUAAAAUUUGAGAGUAUUUACGACAGCAAUCCAUUCAUUCUUCUGGAACUUCUCUACCCAUUCAAACCAGAUGUGGUACAAAAUGGUAUAGAUAUUCUCAUGUUUAACAGCUUCCCCUCUUUUUGACUACUGUCUAGCAGCCUCUAAAGGACCUACAUUAUUAUACCUACUGCUCCCAUGGUGAAAAUUAUAAAUUAAUAGCACCCUCACGCUCUCCAAACAUUGUGCCCAGAUGCCUCUUAGGCCAAUGUUGGUUCUUGGACCAUUACAUAUAUACCAGAGGUAGUUCAUGACCCCAUCUUGGUACUUGAGCCAUAGCUCUAGGUGAAGAGCAUAAAAUCCUUUAUUACAGUACCGGCAGUAUGUAAGCAAUUCUGACAAUUCUCUCGACACAUGCUGUUGUAUGUCGUGUGACCCCACUGUAAAGCAAUGAGCUUGCAAGGAUUUGUUUACUUCCUCACAGCUGGCAUUCAGCAAUGCUGUUCAUCUGAUACACAUGAACUCGCGGAGGUCUAAUGUUUGGCUGCGGCGAAGUUAUGAACAUGAUAUCAAGAUGUGUUGUCACCUGUCAGUAAGUGUUCAUGUUUUGAGAUUUAUCAGUCAUGUAGAUGGUGCCAUGAGCAUAGUAAUGCGUGUCAACAGCGCAUCAAAUUGUCAGAAUUGCUUAUACGCUGCCAGUGCUAUAGAGACAGAUAGCACACAAAAACAUGCUUCACUUAUCAGGGAACCCCAAAAUGUGCAUUUCCAUUAAAACCUCUACAAUGAUUUUCCGUGAAAUUAUACAACUUUCUUCGUACUAUGUGUAAGAGAAU